GAAAAACCAACCAAAACGCAACACACAUGAAUGAGAUCGCAUCCUUCCUUCCAUUUUCUUCUCCUAACAAUCUUGUACACUAAAUUACGCAGCAACUACCCCAAAAAACAAAGAAAAAUAAUAAUUAAAAAAUCAAAAAAUAUAUCGAAAAAGAAAAAAGGAAGAAAAGAAGUGGGAGUUGUGGCAUUGUAGAGGAAGGGGAUCGUGGAGAUGGAUAAAUUAGGAUCAAUGACCAAAGAAGGAGCCUCAUCUUCCUCUACCAAAAGGAAGUCCAGAAGACCCAAAUAUUCCAAGUUCACACAGCAAGAGCUUUCAGCUUGCAAACCAAUUUUAACACCAGGAUGGGUCAUUUCUAUAUUUGUCACAAUCGGCAUUGUCUUUAUCCCUAUUGGCUUUGCUUCCUUAUUUGCAUCAGAGCGUGUGGUGGAAAUUAUAGACCACUAUGACAAAGAUUGUGUUCCUCUUAGAUAUACGGACGAUACGCUUGCAUUUAUUCAGAGUAGUAAAACUAACAAGACCUGUAUUAGGAGACUAACUGUUCCAAAACAAAUGAAAUCUCCCGUUUACAUCUACUACCAGCUUGAUCAUUUCUAUCAGAAUCAUCGCCGAUAUGUUAAAAGUAGAAGUGACAGUCAGUUGCGGAGCAAGUCUGAUGAGAAUAAAACAAGCACCUGUGCUCCUGAACGCAAUUCACCGAAUGGUACAAUUGUUCCCUGUGGUCUGAUUGCAUGGAGUUUGUUUAAUGACACAUACAAGUUUUCAGUGAAAAACAAACAACUGGGGGUCAACAAAAAGGACAUCACAUGGAAAAGUGACCAGGGGAAUAAGUUCGGCUCGGAUGUCUAUCCUAAAAAUUUCCAGAGUGGGGGUUUGAUUGGAGGAGCAAAACUGAAUUCUAGCAUACCUCUGAGUGAACAAGAAGAUCUUAUUGUUUGGAUGCGGACUGCAGCACUGCCAACGUUCAGAAAACUAUAUGGGAGGAUAGAAGUGGACCUUGAAGCUAAUGAUGUAGUAAUUGUAACAAUAGAGAAUAAUUAUAACACCUACAGCUUCGGUGGCAACAAGAAGCUUGUACUUUCAACCGCAAGCUGGAUUGGUGGAAAGAAUUAUCUGCUAGGCGUAGCAUACCUUACUGUUGGCGGACUCUGUUUGUUCUUGGCCAUAAGCUUCAUACUUCUAUAUUUGAUAAAGCCAAGGCCUCUUGGGGAUACAUCCUACUUGUCUUGGAACAGAAGUGCAUCAGGAGGACAUAUAUUUAUUAGCUAGGAGUAUCCACUAGUACAAGGUUUUUCUGGACAAUCUCUUUUGUCAUCAGUGAUAGGACCAGAUCGAGAUUUAUAUCUGUUUCUAAAAACAUCCAACCGUUUUUUUUUUUUUUUGGGUUUAUUUUGUUGAUAAUGUUAAAAGCACCCAGGCUUGAUCAGGAAGUGUAUAUAUUUCAUUACAGUUGUUGAUAUCAGGAACUUUUCAAGAAGGAA